CGCAGUUCUAGACAACUCAGAGGAGAGUCUCUCACCCCAACACCGAGGGCCAACUCUCAAGGCAACCAAUCAAUAUCAAUCCUAGCGUUACAUUACCCCCCAAACCCUCUCUCUUCCUCUGCGGACUAAGGAGUAGAAAGUCGGAACUCGGAACAGAGCGUAGAGCAGCAGCAGAGGGCUUCUGGUUCUCCUUGCGGUUGCACCCCCCCUCAAUCUUUGUUCUCUGCUCGCCCCUCUGCUUAGGUUUGAGUUAGACUUGGAUUGGAUAUACAAGAGAGAGAGAAAUGCAGCAGCACCUGAUGCAGAUGCAGCCCAUGAUGGCAGCUUAUUACCCCAGCAACGUCACCACUGAUCACAUUCAACAGUACUUGGACGAGAACAAGUCAUUGAUUUUGAAGAUCGUCGAAAACCAAAAUUCUGGCAAAUUGAGCGAGUGUGCGGAGAACCAAGCAAGGCUGCAGAGAAACCUCAUGUACCUAGCUGCCAUCGCUGAUUCUCAGCCUCAGCCACCUACCAUGCCUGGUCAGUACCCAAGUGGUGGGGGGAUAAUGCAGCAGGGAACCCAGUACAUGCAGGGUCAGCAAAUGACACAGCAGCAACUAAUGGCGGCUCGGUCUUCUCUCUUGUAUGCUCAACAGCCCUACUCGGCACUUCAGCAGCAGCAAGCCUUGCAGAGCCAACUGGGCAUGAGUUCAGGUGCGGCUCUUCCAGGCCUUCACAUGUUGCAAUCUGACGCCGCAUCUGCAUUUCCUGAAUUUGUUCGCACCACCAAGCCUGAUAUCGGCACUUCCGCCGCCGAGGGCCGAGGCGAAGGCGGUGAAACCCUCUACCUCAGACCCUCCGAUGAUGCCAACUAGCUACUCAUUAGCAUGUGUGGCUCUUUUGGCGCAUAUCAGUUAUUAGGAGAAUUAGGCAAUCGCGUCUUCGGGGCAGGGGCAGAAAUUCAAUGGAUGGCCUUGCUGCUUUUAUAUAUAUAUAUAUAUAUAUAUAGAUAUAUCUCUAUGUGGACAUGCUAAUUUGUUGGUCGGAUGUUAAAAGCCCAGCCAAACAAACUUUUGCUUCGUGUUUCCUGUACUAGUUAAUGCAUCUCUUCUGGUUCAUGUCUAUAACUUGCUCAAAUGAACAGUCUUCUCUAAA